CGUUGACGUUGGUCGACACGCGCGCAGGCACUCAUAGAAGAUGGCGGAUGCGGUGACUGUAGAUGACGAGAAACUCAGCAAAAAGUCUAUGUACUGACCAGCCGCCGUAACUACCCCAUAUCAUGCUGACAAUGGUCAGAGUGGCCGGGCGGCAGGUGUGUCAAGCCCUUGGGGUCAAGGCACAUUUGCCAAAGUUUGCUUCCCCCAAUCCAGCAGCCGUUCCUGCGUUAAUACAGGGGAAUCGCUGGCGAGGUGACAAGAGUGAGCUGAAAAGGCGCAUGAAAGCUGAGAAAAAGGCUGCUGAGAAAGAGGCCAAGGUCAAGGAACAGGUGGAUCAAAAGAAUACCAGUGACAAGGCUGAACACAACAACUAUGGGGCUGAUGAGGAAACUCUGGACCCUAAUCAAUAUUUCAAAAUCCGUACGCAAGCUGUCCAGGCACUAAAGGGCACAGCAAAGGACCCAUACCCCCACAAGUUUCAUGUAGACAUGUCCCUCACAGAGUUCAUUGAGAAGUACAACUACCUGCAGCCAGGGGACCAACUAAAUGAAGUCAUCAGUGUGGCAGGUCGUGUUCAUGCGAAGAGAGAGUCAGGUGCCAAGCUGCUGUUCUAUGAUCUACGAGGGGAAGGUGUGAAACUGCAGGUCAUGGCAAAUUCCAGGAACUACAAGUCAGAGGAAGAGUUUGUGCAUGUCAACAACAAAUUGAGACGAGGAGACAUUGUUGGAGUUCAAGGAAACCCUGGAAAGACAAAGAAAGGAGAGCUUAGCAUCAUUCCUGUCGAGAUGACCCUGCUGUCUCCAUGCCUACAUAUGCUGCCCCAUCUCCACUUUGGCCUCAAGGACAAGGAAACCCGUUUCCGUCAACGCUACUUGGACCUGAUUCUGAAUGACCCUGUAAGGCAAAAAUUUGUGACACGGGCAAAGAUCAUCACUUACCUGCGCAGUUUCUUGGACCAGCUUGGCUUCUUGGAGAUUGAAACUCCUAUGAUGAACCUCAUCCCCGGUGGGGCAGUUGCACGUCCUUUCAUUACCUACCACAAUGACCUGGACAUGAAUCUGUACAUGAGAAUCGCCCCUGAGUUGUACCAUAAGAUGCUGGUGGUUGGAGGUAUUGAUAGAGUGUAUGAGGUUGGCCGACAGUUUAGGAAUGAAGGCAUUGACAUGACUCACAACCCAGAGUUCACUACAUGCGAGUUCUACAUGGCCUAUGCUGACUACCAUGACCUCAUGGAGAUCACAGAGAAGCUGCUCUCAGGAAUGGUCAAGCACAUCACAGGUGGCUACAAGGUGACCUACCACCCUGAGGGACCAGAGGGGCAGGCGUAUGAGAUCGACUUCACCCCGCCCUUCAGAAGGGUCAGCAUGGUGUACGACCUGGAGAAAGAGCUGGGUGUGAAGUUCCCCCCUCCAGACACAUACGACAGCAAUGAGACUCGUAAGUUCUUUGAUGAACUGUGCGCCCAGAAAGGAGUGGAGUGCCCCCCUCCUAGAACCACGGCUCGUCUCUUAGACAAGUUGGUAGGAGACUUCUUGGAAGUAACAUGCAUCAAUCCCACUUUCAUCUGUGACCAUCCACAGAUCAUGAGUCCGCUGGCCAAGUGGCACAGAUCGCAGAAAGGACUGACUGAGCGCUUCGAGCUCUUUGUCAUGAAGAAAGAGAUCUGUAAUGCCUACACAGAGUUGAAUGACCCCAUCAGACAGAGGGAACUGUUUGAGCAACAGGCUACGGCAAAGGCAGAGGGUGACGAUGAAGCCAUGUUCAUUGACGAGACGUUCUGCACUGCUCUUGAGUAUGGCUUGCCUCCAACAGCAGGCUGGGGAAUGGGCAUCGACCGUCUCACUAUGUUCCUCACGGACUCCAACAAUAUCAAGGAGGUCCUUCUGUUCCCUGCCAUGAAGCCUGAUGACAAUAAGCCUACACCAACAGCAGAGGGCACCUCUGUAUAGUGCUGAGGUGCUGUCACCUAUGCCUGCCAAAGGAAAGGCACACUGGUUGCAGUGUCCACAUCAGACAUAGGAGAGUUUUUAUUGCUACAGCAACUGGCUUUGAUGGGCAUGUAGUGUUAUGGGAAUGUAAAGGUGUGAUGUCCAAUGGUGCAUACGUAAGGGAAUGGCACGUAUGUUGGCUUUUCUGUGUCAUGGUUGUCGGACUCCUCCGAAGGAAACCACCUGCUUUUUCAGAGUAAUGGAGGUGAUGUGGAGGUGGCUGCUGAUUUACAUGGAUGUCCCUCUGGUUUUAAAAGUCUGUCUUUUUUUUUUUUUUUAAUUAUCAAGUGGAACAAAUACAUCAAAUCCUAUACUGGUGAAAGGAAUUAAAGAAAAUCUAAAAGCAA